GGAAACUUGAAUCCGGAGAAAAGUUUUUACAGAGGAUGGAAGUGCAAGAGCGGAGCUCGCAACCCUGCAGCCGGAGAGGAGGAAGAUGAACGGACCCAGGUCAGCGUCCCAGUCCGAGCGGACCCCGAACCGCCCCCAGGGGGCCAGGAGCGGCCGCAGAGGCAGCCACCAGUUCCAGUAGCCACCCGUGCUGCCCGUGGCUGGGGAGGAGGGCGGCCAGGGAGGAGGCUCGACGCCACCUGCGCGCGAGAACGCACACCUGAGCGCUGCCCGCCCGCGACAGGGACCUGCGGGCUCUGCAAACCUGCGAUUCGUUUUUGAAGGAAGAAAAAUAAACAAGAAACCCAAGGCCAGCCUUCACUGACCCACACCACUGCCCCCUCUGGUUCUCCACGUUUUUGAAAGCUGGCCGCUCUGAUCCCAGUUCCGGAAAAUUGGCAGCCACUGAGUCUCGGCUCUAAGAAGGCAAAGGCUUGUCAAACUGCUGACUGAGCGGGGCAAGACCGAGGGGCAGGUUGAAGGCUUGUUCAGGGCACCCGAGGGAUUACCCUGGGGACCUACGGGGCUGCCACCGCCGUCACAGAUCUAACACCUUGCAAGUGCUCACGCGGCCUUCGUCUCUCUUCUACCACCCCCAGACCCGACCUGGAGCCUGAAGGCUUUGCACGGCCGGCUGCUACCACCAUGUCCAGCCCCGGAGCCAAUGCGUCUGCCUCCUUAUUCCCCGAACGGCUGAACAGCCCGGUGACCAUCCCGGCGGUGAUGUUCAUCUUCGGGGUGGUGGGCAACCUGGUGGCCAUCGUGGUGCUGUGCAAAUCGCGCAAAGAGCAGAAGGAGACGACCUUCUACACGCUGGUAUGCGGGCUGGCCGUCACCGACCUGUUGGGCACUUUGCUGGUGAGCCCGGUGACCAUCGCCACGUACAUGAAGGGCCAGUGGCCCGGGGGUGAGGCGCUAUGUGAGUACAGCACCUUCAUCCUGCUCUUCUUCGGCCUGUCGGGCCUCAGCAUCAUCUGCGCCAUGAGCAUCGAGCGCUACCUGGCCAUCAACCACGCCUACUUCUACAGCCACUACGUGGACAAGCGGCUGGCCGGCCUCACCCUCUUCGCCGUCUAUGCGUCCAACGUGCUCUUCUGCGCGCUGCCCAACAUGGGCCUCGGCAGCUCGCGGCUGCAGUACCCGGACACAUGGUGCUUCAUCGACUGGACCACCAACGUGACGGCGCACGCCGCCUUCUCCUACAUGUACGCGGGCUUCAGCUCCUUCCUCAUCCUCGCCACGGUACUCUGCAACGUGCUCGUGUGCGGCGCUCUGCUCCGCAUGCACCGCCAGUUCAUGCGCCGCACGUCGCUGGGCACGGAGCAGAACCACGCGGCCGCCGCCGCCGCAGCCGUGGCCUCCUCAGCCUGGCGGGGCAACCCCGCCUCAGUCUCCCCCGCCCUACCGCGCCUCAGCGACUUUCGCCGCCGCCGGAGCUUCCGCCGCAUCGCGGGAGCAGAGAUCCAGAUGGUCAUCUUACUCAUCGCCACCUCCCUGGUGGUGCUCAUCUGCUCCAUCCCCCUGGUGGUGCGAGUGUUUGUCAACCAAUUAUAUCAGCCAAGUUUGGAACGUGUUAUCAGCAAAAACCCAGAUCUGCAGGCCAUCCGAAUUGCUGCUGUGAAUCCCAUUCUGGAUCCCUGGAUCUACAUCCUCCUGCGCAAGACAGUGCUCAGCAAGGCGAUAGAAAAGAUCAAAUGCCUCUUCUGCCGCAUCGGUGGGGCGCGCAGGGACCGUUCCGGACAGCAUUGUUCUGACAGUCGAAGAACGUCUUCCCCUAUGUCCAGCCACUCUCACUCCUUCCUCUCCCGGGAGCUGAAGGAGAUCAGCAGCACAUCUCAGACCCUCCUUUACCUGCCAGAACUCAGCGAAAAUAGCCUGGGAGGCAGGAAUUUGCUUCCAGGUGUGCCUGGCAUGGGCCUGAGCCAAGGAGACACCACCUCACUGAGGACUUUGCGAAUAUCAGAGACCUCAGACUCUUCCCAGGGGCAGGACUCGGAGAGUGUCUUGCUGGUGGAUGAGGUUGGUGGGAGCAGCAGGGCUGAGUCGGCCCCAAAGGGGAGCACCCUGCAAGUAACAUUUCCCAACGAAUCACUGAACUUAACAGAAAAAUGUAUAUAGUAGGUAAGAAAAGAAAUACAGCACUGUUUCUGGACCCUUAUAAAAUCCCGUGCAAUAGACACAUAAACGAAGCAUUUAGUUGUGCUCAGAAGGGCUACUUUCAUCCUAGGACUUGCUUUAGAGGACAUCCUAGCUUUUGAGCACUUUUCAAACAAGUUGAUUCACAUGUGUCCCAAGGACUGAAGCACAAAGGUUGCCAACCUCUAUGACAAAGGAUAGCUGUCACAAUAUGACUGUUGGGAAGAUGUACCCUCAGUUUCCCUACUGGACAGGAGGAUGGCAGAGGUUUUGCUCUUUCAUAACAUCAAGAGCUUUAUAUCUGGCAUUCUGCAACAGCAAAGGGUCAAGUACUAGAAGGGCUCUAUCCCAAUAAACCAUGGGGACUACCUAAUGAACAUUUUAAGUGUCUCACUAAAGCAUGAAAAUGUGAAUUUGUAUUGUUGUAAAUAUGAUUUAAGGUAUUUAAAGUAUUUUCUUCUCCAUGAGAAGGUUUCUUGUUAAUACAAAGUAUGAUAAAAUUAAAAUAACCCUCUCCUCCCAGUAUAACCAGAUGAAGUUACAGAUGUUAGCUCUUUUCCACAAGCAAGUUCAGGCCAUGUUAAAAAUUUACAGUGAUACCAUUAUCUAUAAAAUAGAUAUGAGUUUUUAAAGAGUUUAGUACUAUCAAAGGAUUAAAGAUUAUAGUCCAAAAUAUUAAAGUUUUUUCCAAGCUAUGUAUUAUACAUAGUGAGAAAUUUUUAGUGUUGCUACAUUUAUUUAUCCAGAAAACUGUGAUUUCAAAAAUGAACAUGCUGGUAAAUAUUUUCUACUUCUGUUCCCUAACUGGUACAUUUAAAAAAUGUAACAUAAAUCAGAAAGUCUCCAAUAAAUAACCUGUAAUUUAAGUGUAAAAAUAUAAAAAUUAACAUUCUAAGCAGCUUGUUUUCCCCUUGAAAGUGUGCAUAGUUUAACUUUCCUAAAAAGUGACUUAGAAUAUCCUUUAAAAUUUAAGUGGAAGGCAAGUUGCACCAUUAAGAACUUUAUUUUGAGAUAUGGAAGAAUUGGUUAAAUUAGCUUUUCAUGUAUGUCAUAAAAGUUUAGCAACAAACAGAGUGCAUAAUUUGGGCACUUAAGUGUCACCUUAUAACAGUUUUCUGUAAUAUCCAGGAAUGCUAUAUUUGAAGGAUCCUUCUCAAAGAAAUACUGAGCAUGUUUUUUUGCUUAAAGUGUUUUUGUGAAUUGCUUGGUUGUAAUUAAAUUCUGAGCCUGAUACUGAUAUGGUUUUAAGAAGCAGUUGUACCAACUGAAAUUAUUUUGGAGAUUACAAUAAAUAAAUACAGUCAAUCUGAGUUCCAUAGCCUAA